AUGCAGCCGUUGAGUACUCUUGAUACAACAAAACCGAUUAAUUUUGAUGAUUUGAAUAUUAUUAUUCGUUCAUUACCACCGCGACGACGGCAAAGUGGAACAUCGAUUAUUCCAUUUCGACCUUAUGUCAAACGUUUAACGAGUGUUCGACAACCAUUCUCGUUUGCAAAUGGACGCGAUGGAUGGGUGACAACCGGAGAGAAAGUGGCAUUUUUCAAACAGGAAAAUGCACGAUGCAUUGGAUCGUUGUUUUCCGAUUGUGAAGCAUCGGAAGUUAUUCGAUGGGAUAUCGAAGGAGAAUCGACUCGUUUACCGAUGAUGUGUAAACUCUGGAUCAUCGUCGACGGUGCGGUUGUUGAACGAGGUAAACCACGAAUGGUACAAGAUGCAGCUGUGACAGUUUUCCGUGCUGGUCGAACACUUUUGUCAUUACUAACAAAUCAAUUUCAAAUGAUCAGUCGUUCAACUGUAACAAGAUACGAUCGACGUCGUCGCCAUUCAUGGCACGAUGUUAAUGAAUAUCAUAGCAUACCGUACUUUCAAUAUACGAGUAUAAUCAAUCCAGGCUUACCCCAAACCAUUCAAUGCGAUUUGGACAAUGAACAAUUCAAAGGUCAAAUUCAAUCGCUGCCUUUCAUUCGAGAAGAAACGACUGAAGAGCAUUAUAUGAUGAAACUUAAAGAACAAAAAGCAAAACAAACGAUACAUGAUCAAGAAUUACUACACGAUCGAGUUCAAAUUUCAAUGACAACACAAACUGAACAUGCCUUAAAAACUCGAUCAACAUCAAUCGAUUCAGGAAUAACUUUGGCAUCGCAUCUCAAUACUGAAAUCACCGAAAGUACUUAUUCGAUUGCAUCAAGGCAAUCGCAUGAUAUGGCAACAAGUACUCAUGAUGAUAUCUCAUAUUCAAAUCAAUCGAUUUCAACACACGACGGAAUUUGUUACACUAAUCGCUCAAUUUCUACUCAUGAUGAUCUUAAUGAUACACAUCAUUCGAUUGCGAUUGGAAAUGAUAUUGAAUAUUCCGAACGUUCAAUGUCAACUUAUGAUGAUGUGAAGUACUCAAAUCAAUCGUGUUCCACGCAUGAUGAUAUCGUAUAUUCUGAACGUUCAAUGUCAACCUAUGAUGAUGUUCACUAUGCCAAUCAAGCCGUUGCAACUCGUGAUGAUAUUGAAUACGCCGAUCGUUCAAUGUCAACUUAUGACGAUGUUACUUUCACUAAUCAAGCUGUUUCUACUCACGAUGGCGUUCAGUAUGCCCACCAAUCUUCUUCGACACAUGACGACGUCGGCUAUACAAGUCAAUCGGUCUCGACACGUGAUUAUAUCGAAUAUGUCAAUCAAUGUGUAUCUACUUAUGAUGAUGUUCAACAUUCACAUCAAUCGGUUUCCACUCGUGAUUAUAUUGAAUAUGUCGAUCAAUCUGUUUCAACUGGCGAUGGCAUUCGAUAUAUCAACCAAGCCGUUUCUACUCACGAUGGUCUUCAGUACGCACAUCAAGCUUGUUCAACACAUGAUGACGUCGCGUAUGCAAAUCAAUCGGUUUCAACUCGUGACGAUAUUGUGUACCUCAAUCAAUCGGUUUCUACGCGCGAUGAUAUUCAACAGUUGCAUCAAUCGGUUUCGACUCGUGACUAUAUGGAUGAUACACAUCAUUCAAUUGGAACUGGUAGUGAUAUCGGCUAUUCCACUCAAUCAGUGUCGACUCGAGAUGAUUUUCAACAUUCAAAUCAAUCUGUUGGUACCCAUGAUGAUAUUGAGUUCACCGAUCGAUCUGUUUCUACGGCUGAUGGUAUCGGAUAUUCUGAUCAAUCUGUUGCCACACGCGAUGAUAUGGAAUAUCUAAAUCAAUCCGUAUCGACACGUGACGAUAUUGGAUAUUCUCAUCAAUCAGUUGCUACACAUGACGAUUUUGAAUAUCUAAAUCAAUCUGUUUCUACUCGUGACGAUGUCGAAUACUUGAAUCAAUCGGUCUCUACUCAAGACGAAGUUCAACAUUCCAGUCGAUCGAUUGCUACAGGUACUGAUUAUCCUGACUUCUGGCUGCAAUUUUCUACAAGUGAAAUUCUAUCUGAAUAUAUUAUACAACCACGCAAAGAUGCUAAGUCACCUAUUAUUGUUUCUCGUCCAUCGGACCAACUAACACGAACAGAAGUAGAGCACGAUAUUGACCUUGAAUUGGAAAGACCACGACCGCCAUCAUCACGAUCAUUACGUACUCCAGAAUCGUCCAUUCUAUCUCCGCGUCCAUCCGAUCAGUUAACUCGAGCAGAAACUGAACACGACACCGACCUUGAAUUAGAAAGACCACGACCGCCAUCAUCACGAUCACUACGUACUCCAGAAUCGUCCAUUCUAUCUCCGCGUCCAUCCGAUCAGUUAACUCGAGCAGAAACUGAACACGACACCGACCUUGAAUUAGAAAGGCCACGACCGCCAUCAUCACGAUCGCUACGUACACCGGUAUCAUCAUCAUCAGUAACAAUCAGUAAUCGUUAUCAAGUUGUUGACCAAAUUGAUGAUGAACAAACAACACCGAGAGCAUUGCCCGGUACCAGUCAACGACUUGAUUCUCCCGGUGAUUUAGAUUCCCAUUUCAGUGAUAUGCAAAUUGAAACGUCGAGUCGAAAUUCAGCUCGAUCACGUCGUGUAACAUCAUCGUCAGGCUACAAUUCAUUCGAUUUAGCACUCAGUCGUCGAACAUACUCAACCCCUGAUCUCGACAAUUCUCUUCCAACAGAAAUUCCAUCAAAUAUUGAAAUCACUCAUCCAGCUCCAGCUACAGUGUCCGACAACAUAUCAAGUACACUGCUACAAACGUUAAUGGAACGUCACGAACGAACGGUUCAAGAUCGUCGUCGAACUACUGCAAUGAUCAACGACGAAUUAUAUGAUAUUGGACAAAUUGUACAAAAUUAUCGUGAAAGAAUACGAGAUCCAGUUACAACAAACACGAGCAAAACAAUGCAACUCAAUCGUAAUACUGUAAUAGCAUCUCCGAAAAUAAAAGAAGAUCGUUCACCAUCUCCAGUAUCAUCGAGUGGCUCAUCACGAAGUCGAUAUCGAUUUACUUCCAAUGUUAAUACUGAAGAAAUGUUACCAGACUAUAUUCCACGAUCACGAUCGUAUUCCCGAUCAUGUCAAGAAACAUCACUAGAACCACAUUAUUGUGAAAUAUGUCUAACUGAUCAUAGUUCAGGUUCAGCAUGGAUUCGAUAUAAUGAACAACGAAUGGAAAGAAUACAACAACGAAUUAAUCUCAUGUUAGAACUUGAUGAUGUUGAAGAUGGACAGUAUGCUUUGUCGACAUUGAAUUCAACGGCAACAUCAACACAACGUAUCGAUGAUAUUCUCUCAGGAAGAUCCAGCUAUCGAGAUUAUAUUAAUUAUGAUCAAGACGACGUGUUAAGUUCUCACCGAUAUGAUUAUCGUUCAACUUAUCGUGCGAAAUCUGCAACAGCGGAUUCUUCUCGAUUGACAUCAUCACGAAAACUAACAAGAUCAGCAUCACCAGGAUUGAAACGGGUUCGAAUUUCUACGGAUGACGUUCUAAUUCCGAAUCAAACUCGUCAUCGUGAACCUAUCAAGUCAUCAAAAUCAGCUUCUCGACCUAUUGUUUCGAUUUUACGCCACAAUUCUCCAACAUUACCACCCCCACCAUCACCAACUACAAUACAAUAUAGUCGCCGACGCCGUGAAACAUCAGAAGCAUGGAGAAAUGAAUCAAACCGCAUCGGUUUACCGCUUGAUCAAUGGAGUAUUCCACGUUAUUAUCGUUUAUACAACGAUGUUGGUUUCCGUGAAGUUUAUGACUUUUCCCGCACACUAAAUUCGUAUUCAGCUCGAGCAAGUCCAAGAGAUUAUGCGUCAAUGGUUCAUCAUUAUGCCGUAGAUCAUCAACUACCAGCAGCGAUUACAAGUCCAGCUUGA